AUCUAAAGGGAGCCGUGAUAUGAUAUAUAUGCUUCAACCAGGUCGUUUGUCAUACCCAUCAUGGUUGUCAUCCAAUUUAUCCACAUUAAUUUCCGGACCGGGAGGUGGUUAUUUCAACCACCGCUCCGAGCAUUGUUUAUUUCAGUAUGAGUUUUUACUAUAGAAAAGGCAACAUGGCAGGAAUCCUAUUAAUCCUUCCUUUUUGUUAAUCCAUUCGUUACAAUGGCCAAGGAUCAAAAGACCCCCAAGCGUUCUACCCUCGCUGAUGUUGUUACUCGUGAAUACACCAUCCACUUGCACAAGCACGUCUUUGGCAGAUCUUUGAGAAAGCGUACUCCUGCUGCCGUCAAGGCUGUCAAGGCUUUCGCUCAAAAGGCCAUGGGUACCAAGGAUGUCCGUCUUGAUCCCGCCUUAAACAAGGCUCUCUGGUCUCGUGGUGUCAAGCACAUCAACCACCGUAUUCGUGUCCGUAUCGCUCGUAAGCGUAACGAUGACGAAAACGCUAAGGAAAAGCUCUUCUCCUAUGUUAGCUACGUUCCCGUCAGCACCUUCAAGGGUCUUGAAACUCAAGUUGUUGAUGAUGAAGCUUAAAUGAUUAAGUAUAAUAAAUGAUACUUUUCAGCAUCUUUACACCUGUCUACCUUUAUAUGGCUGGGUUAAAAGAGGGGGGAUCGGUCAAUAUGGAAUAUAUGUAUAUACGAGUUUUCUAAGGAAAUUGUCCAGUCAUUCUAAGAUGAAACUCGGUUUACUCUAGACAAUGAAUUCAGUGGAUAACAAUGAUGAGAAAGUUUACAUGAUCCACGUUUUUAGCUGUCAUUCUGUCUUUUAUUGAUGUGCCAAUGAAGGAUAAAAAUAGGAUUAUUAAAUGAAGAUCUACCGUGACUAUUUUGGUAACGAUGUAAAUGAGAGAAGGAGGGGGAUGGUGAAGGGAUGAUAUAGUAUUUCAUUGUAGGACUGCCAACUACUAAUUUCAUUAUAUCCAGAUUCUAUGUAUAAAAGCCCUCUGUUUCCCCCCCCCCCUU